CCUCCUACUACUGAAAUAUCUUUUCGCCCAUCGCCGCCACCCGAACCAGACCUUGAAAUCUGUAGAUUACGGCAAAUUAAAUCGAGAAAGGACGGAGUGGAGGAGGAGAGAAAGCAUCUUGGAGACAGUCAGGAGAUUCUGCAAUUUACCUUAAUUUUCCUGAUUUUCUCCUAAUCUUCUGACGAUUUCCUUCCCUUCACCAUUUUCUUUAAUUUUGCUUUUCUUCUAUUCUUUCUUGCAGGAUUUGUUGUUUUUAUCUUCAUAUUCUGCUCCUGCCACUCUGUCGGUGCGCUUCCUCAUACUUCCAAUUUUUUAUUUUAUUUUUAUGUUUGUUUAAAGCUCAGUACUUUAAUCACUUCUCUUCCCAAUAUCCUUUAAAUUGCUUGGUUCUGAUGUCUUAUGUGUUUAUUUACUUUGUUUGGAUUUGGAGAAGUGUUGGGGGAAGGGACAACAAAAUGGGUUAAAAUUAGAAUCAAAAGUAAUUGCUCUAGGUAAAAUGGAAAUUGGUUUUUCAUUUAUGUUGCAUGCCCAUGUUUUAGUUGGAAGAAUUUUUAUUUGGGUUUUAAAAGCAGCAGAUUUGUCUAAGUAAUUUAUUUUCUUAGCAAAUUAAAUUCUUUUAUUACAUUUUUCUGUCAUAUAUAUACUCAAUGUCGUAACGUGCCUGAUUCAACUGUUUACUAAUGAACUUGGGAUGAUUUUUCUCAUUAAAUUUAAGUUGCUUACCUGCUAGGCGUUUCUACGUGUGGAAAGUCAUUGGAUAUUUGGUAAAGAGCAUGUCAAUCUUAUUGAUGAAAGGUUGGAAGAGCUGUUAAGCAUAUAUAAUAUGCAAGCUCGAUGCUAAGCAACUUGACAGGCAUUCGUUUUUCUUUGGGCAGUUCUGCUUUUUUAUAUAGUCUAUGUGGAUUUUGGUUUCUAACUAGAUAUUAAAACUAAGGCCCCUGCUUCAAGUGAACUUGGUGAUGUUGAGACCAUAUGUUGCUUUUUCCAGAAUAGGUUUUUGGAGAUGGAUUUCUCCAAUUAAAAUUUAUUAGGUAUCCAUGCAGUGGGAGCCAAAUGCUUCACAGGGGAAAUGAGCCAAUUUUCUUUUCUUUUCUUUACUUUUUGUUCUUUCUUUUUCAUUUCACCUUGAUUAUUAAUGUAAUAUUGUGGUUUGAAAUUUGUUCACAAUUUCACUACAUGAAUCUCAGAAGGCUAGAAAUCAAAUAGCCCAACUAGAAUGUUCAAGCCUUCCAAGUCCCAUGUGGUGAAUUUCUGUGUUGUUUGCAGGUAGUGAAACUAGAACAUUUGAGUUUGGGAGGACAUUUGGUCGGAACCAAAGGAAAGCUCCAGUCUACAAUAGUUUGGCUGCCUGGGCUUAUCAACAAGGGUGCAAAGUAUAAAUGCUGAACGUUCAUUGUUUUCUUCUUGCAUUGGUAUGGUUGUAGUUUAAUAAAUCAGAAGGAAGGUGGGGAAAUGCUAGUUAGACUAGAGUUAUACCCUUUGUCAUAGUGGGGAACACUGCAAGACAUGUAAAAGGUUCCAAACACCCACUUUCCCCAACUCCCAAUAAUCUGUCCCUUUCCUUUUUUACUUUAAAGCGUAGACUAAAACUAAGUCGAAUGCCUUUUGCCUGUGCAGCAGGACCAAAUUGCUGAAGCAUAUUUUGUAAAGGUCGGCUAUUGCACUCUGCUGAAUGAUGCAUCAUUGCCCCGUUGAUAACAACCAUGAUCCGCAUUCAUUGACUUUAUUGGGUACAUAAUAGCUACACACUAUGCAAUUAAAUGUAAUAUCUAUUGCGUUAAUUCUGAUGCCGUGUAUUCUGCAACAUUACCUAGCAGUUCCUAUUAAUACAGAAUUUCAAAUUAU